GAAGAGGGCAGUGUUCCAUAUUUUAACGGUCAACCGUGGCGUUAAAGUAGUGUUGCUGAUUGGCACAAAAGUCGUUGGAAGAUGUAACUGAAAAACUGAAAACCCUUCACAGAAUCAAGAGAAAAAAAAUACAGAGGGAGAGGGAGAGCGAAAUCCCGAAAACGCCCCUGCGCAUUCAAAAAUGAGACAACUCACAACCUUGCUUUUCAUUUUCAUGGCUGAGAGGUUCACUCGUUGUUGCACUUGAGCCCAUCCCCAUCCCAUAUUCCAUACAGAAAAAAAUCUUCCAUUUUGUUUCUUUUUUCUUAUUUCCUCCGAAAAAGAACAACAUUUUUUUAAAAGAAGAAGAAGAAGAAAAACAAAUAAAACAUGUCCCACUUUGAUCCGAAACUCAGCCGUUCCUCCACCCUCCGGCGACGGUUCCACCACCGCGUUUCCCUGCUCCAGCGGUGCCUCCUCCGCGUCCUCCACCGUAUCCUCCUCUGCUCCGGAAGCAAGCCCACCAAUGCCACGUACAGCAUGCUGCCGCCGGCAUUGCCCUCUCCGCCGCCGCCGAUGGGAUCCGACGGCGAGCUUGGUCGUGAAGAGAUGGACCUUACUUCGUCGGCGGUGUUUCAUACACAUGACUUGGACUCUGAUUUGGUUUCCUUGAAGAUCAGCUUGUUGGGAGAUUGCCAAAUUGGAAAAACCAGCUUUCUGGAGAAAUAUGUUGGGGAUGAAAAAGAUCAGCAGCAAGGGAACCAGAGGGAAGGGUUAAAUCAGAUGGACAAAACUUUGGUUGUUGAAGGGGCACGUAUAUCGUAUUGUAUCUGGGAAGUACAAGGUGAUGGAAAAUCAGAAGACCAACUCCCAAUGGCUUGUAUGGACUCCGUGGCAAUUUUGAUUAUGUUUGAUCUAACAAGUCGAUGCACAUUAAACAGUGUCGUGGGAUGGUACAAAGAAGCCAGGAAAUGGAAUCAGACGGCAAUCCCAGUGUUGAUUGGAACCAAGUUUGAUGAUUUCAUUCAGCUCCCUAUUGAUUUGCAAUGGACCAUAGCCAAUGAGGCAAGAAAAUAUGCAAAGGCCCUCAAUGCCACCUUGUUCUUUUCAAGUGCAACCUACAACAUCAAUGUGAACAAGAUUUUCAAGUUCGUCACUGCUAAACUCUUUGACCUACCAUGGACAGUGGAGAGGAAUCUAACUGUUGGGGAACCCAUCAUUGACUUCUAAAACUGUAAAUUACAGAGUUUUGAAGUUAAGUGAUAUAUCAAAGUCAACCGGCUCCAGUAGGGGGUGUCAUGAGUCAAAAUCUCACUCACUCUUGGGACAAUAGAGUUGUUAGGUUUAGACACAUGUCAAUUCCUAUGGAAGUUACAAGGUUCUUCAAUCGUCACCACCAACAAUAAGGUUUUACAAGGGAGAGGAAUAAAGGGCAAGGGAGAAAUAAAAGAAAUUGAAACAAAGGAGAGGACUAUAAUGGUUUUGUAGCAUAACAAGAGAAGGGAACUAAUGCAUUAUUGAGUACAAUUUAGUCAAUGGUGCUCUUGUCUUGAUACUGAGGAACGUGACCUGUGAGUUACUGUCAAAGGCACAUAGAAAAUGAGAUUAGGAUGUUCCAAAUCUCCUUUUGUUUCAUUUUUAUUUCCCAUCCAGUUUUGAAUAAGUUCUGGUAAUCCAAAGCUUCUUCUGAAUAAAUAGAUCAUUUCAUAUGGUUCCCUUGUU